AUGAAGAUCUUGACGCUAGUUUUGUUAUUUGCGGUGGCUUACGCCAAACAUGAACAAUAUCAAGGACAAUUGGACAUUGAUGAUGCUCUGCUAGAAGCGAGAAAAAACAGUCUUGAAGGAGAAGUUUCUAUAUUCGACAGAUAUCUGGAACUUGAAGAGAUCGAUGCAUAUCUCGCUGACGUUGCAAAUAAAUACCCAGAUUUAGUGACACUCCAGAAUGGUACAACAUUUGAAGGUCGUCCGAUUUAUCUUAUGAAGAUCGCGAAACCUAGUGAUGAUGAUAAAGAGAAACCCAUUAUAAUCGUUGACGCCGGUAUCCAUAGCCGAGAGUGGAUCAGUCCGCCCACAGCCCUGUAUGCGAUUAGCAAAUUGGUUGACGAAGCUAUUGACAAGGAUUUGAUUGAGGAUCUCGAUUGGGUCAUUCUACCCAUGCUCAAUCCUGAUGGAUACAAAUACUCAAGAACUACCGAUCCCUUGUGGUUGAAGACUCGGUCUACAGACAAUCAUGACAAUAGUGUCGAGUGCCCUGGCGCAGACGCUAACAGUAAUUUUGACUUCUACUGGAACUUAUACGGUACUAGCUCGGAUCCGUGUGACAACAACUACGCAGGCAGACAACCAUUCUCCGAAAUAGAAGUUCAAUUCGGACAACGAAACCUCGAGCAAUAUGGAUACCGUACGAUUUUAUACAUUUCUCUACACAGCUACGGUAGCCAGAUCCUUUACUCCUGGGGUCAUGAUGGUACACUGUCUCAACAAGCUUUCGCCCUCCAAACUGUUGGUGUAUCCAUUGCAAAUGCAAUCCAUGAAAAUGCACAACCUAAUUACCCUAGAUACAUUGUUGGUAAUUCUGCUUUGGUGACUGGCCAACAAACUUCUGGCAGUACGGUCGAUUUUCUUCAUUACAAUGGCGUACCUUUAUCCUUCAAUUUGGUACUUCCUGGAGUUUUGGAUAAUACCAAAGGCUUUAAUCCCGACCCUAAAGAAAUUGAGCAGAUCGCAAAGGAAACUUGGGCGGGUAUUGUCGUUGCUGCCAGAAGAGCCAGAGAUUUGUUUGGAGAUUGGAAUAAAUGAGCUAUUUAGUCUAAUUUCUGGAAUAAAUAGAGACCCAAAUAUUAUUAAAUAAAAAUAUUUUUGGCUUU